AUGCGCGCAACAUUAAUACGCCCUUCAAAGGGCUUCUGGGGUCGGAGCUACGACGAGCUCAAACGUCUGUCCAACAUUGCCAUCCGCCUCGAGGGCGUCAAGGGCCCCUCUGGCCCGUACGAGCUCAUGGCCUUUAGCGACCCGGCCUCCCUCGACGACUGCAAGCUCAUGACCGACGACGAGAUUGGCGGCUUCUCCACAGCAGAACUCGACUGGGUGCCAUCAUCACUACCACCACAAGCAACCACCUCCGCAUCCUCCUCGUCUCCAUCACAUCCCUCGUCCACCUCCACACCAUCGUCCGGCGGCUACCUCCGCUUCCGCGGCUCCAUAUCCACACGUCUGCCCGCCGGCCGCCCAGACAUCCAGCGCACCGGCUACGCCGCCUGGCGCACCGCCGACCGCCAGGCCACCGUGUUUGGCCGCUCCCUCUGGGACGUCGAUUCCUACGCGUACCUGGCCCUGCGCGUGCGCUCCGAUGGCCGCAGCUACCUCGUCAACGUCCAGACCGACUCCAUGGUCGCGCCCACCGACCUGCACCAGCACCGCCUGUUUGCGCGUCGUCCGGGCCAGUGGGAGACCGUGGUGGUGCCGUGGUCCGACUUUGUGCGGACGAACCACGGGUUCGUCGUGGAGCCGCAGACGGAGCUGCUGCGGCAAAAGGUGCGGUCGGUGGGGCUGGGCCUGACGGACCGGGUGCCGGGCCCCUUUGAGCUGUGCGUGGCGCGGCUGUGGGCGACGAACAACCCCAACGAGGCCAACAGCGACAGCGAGCUGCCGGCCGAGACGCGGCACGCCGUUCAGGCGGCCGAGGAGGAGGCGGUGGCGGCCGUCGCGUCACACAACCAGCUGCGGAGUGCCGAGCGCGAGGUGAAGGUGACGGCCAAUGUUCCGUUUGCACCACCCGCGACGACGGCUGCCUCUGCCACGUCGCCCGCAGUAGCAGGUACUGCGUCGGCCUCGUCCGAACCACAGCACCCGCUGAAGAACAAAAAGGGACGGCCAGUGCGGUGGGACACAGACAAGGAACCGCCGCAGCAAGAGCACUCGCAACAGUAG